AUGAAGAAAGAAAGACUCUCCUAACGGCGUCGUUUCACAAGCGAGAUUGUUAUAAAUAUAUUUAUUCAUGGUGUAAGUACGACAUGUCGUUUUGAAGACAUUUGGGUUAUAUUAUAUGUAAUUGCAAGGGCUCAUUCGUCUCUGUCUCUCUCGUCCUUUCUGGUUUGGUUUGUUCGUUCAUUCAUUGAUAAUUGUUAAAGAAUUCUGAAGAAAUUAGUAAGCAAGAAUGGCUUGCUUACACGAUCACAGCUGCGAAGAUCACGAUUGUUCAUCUGAUUGGUCUCUCUACAAGCACAUCGAUCUCUCUAAGGUAUCUGCUCUGAACGAGGCUACUCCAGGAAGUGUUAAAUCUGUUUUCAAACCUUGGGAGCACCGAUUGAGUUCUUCAGGGGAACACUUGGAAAGCAAUGAGGGUGACCCUGAGUUACUCGUGUUUAUUCCGUUUACAUCAGAUGUAAAGAUCAAGAGCAUAUCUGUUGUUGGUGGUGCUGAUGGAACAAGUCCUUCAAAGAUGAGAGCGUUCUUAAAUCGAGAGGGCAUUGAUUUUUCGGAUGCUCAAAGUAUGCAAGCUGUUCAGGAAUGGGAAUUGGCUGAAAAUUCACAGGGAGUCUUAGAGUACCAAACAAGGUAUUCAAAAUUCCAAAGUGUGGGAAAUAUCACAUUACAUUUCCCUGAGAAUUUCGGUGGCGAUGCCUCUCAGAUUCACUAUAUUGGUUUCAAAGGUGAAGCUACUCAGUUGAAGAGGGAUGUUGUUGCAACGAUUGUGUAUGAAAUUACACCAAAUCCUUCUGAUCACAAGACAAAGGCUGAUGGAGGUAGUGGUCUUUCUCAUGUGGAAUGAGAAAUAUAUUAUAUAUAUAUAUAUAUGUCUACAUUUUAUGGUAUUAAUAAUUAGAUAUAUGAUAUGACCAAAAUGAGCUAUGUUUUUGGCUAUGAAUUCAGUACCAGAAGCAAUUAUCAACAAGUCCUGUUGUCCUGUAUUAUUCAGCACAGAGUUUACAACUAAAUAGAAACUACAUGGGUUUUUUUUUU